GCAUUGGAAACUUCCAUUAAAAAGCAUUGCAAUAUGUGCAAAAUUCCAAAUCCAAAGGCUACUUGCCCCCAUGCAUGUGAAGCCGUGCACCACUUGUCUAUCUCCUGCACCGCUACUACACCCUAAAGCAUUUUUUUUAAAAGCAACCCCAAAAAUUGUUUUUUAUAUUUCAAAAUUACCUCCUCUCCUCUCCUCUCCUCUCCGGUUUUCUUUCUAGUCUCUGCUUGUGUGGUAGAAGCCCCAGCUGGAGUGGGUGUCCACCAUUUUAAAACUCGCUCUUUAUCAGAGAAUCCUGCCCCUAACUCCUAUAAAUUCAAUCCUUUUGCUAGCUCACUUCGCUGUGUCCUGAGAAGAGACAAAGAUGAAGUGUUUUGUGGUGUCUCUGCUCUUGCUGAGCUGCUUCACCACUGUUUUUGGUGAAGAGGCUGAGGCUAUCAUCGAUGGUGCGCUUCCACCGCACCACCGUGGUGGCUCUUACCCCCCGGUAGAAGCCCCCGCUCCCAGUCACCACCACCACCACCACCACCACCAUCACCAUCACCAACCCCCUACUCACCCUCCUGUUCACCCUCCCACUCGCCCACCAACUCAUCUUCCUCCCACUCACCCACCGCAUCACCCUCCCGCUCAUUAUCCUCCCAGCCCCCCUCCGAUGCACCCACCAGUUCAUGUUCCAAGCCACCCUCCAACUCACCCACCAGUUCAUGUCCCUAGCCACCCACCAGUUCAUCCUCCUAUGCACCCUCCAACUCGCCCACCAGUUCAUGCUCCUGGCCAUCCCCCCGCACACCCGCCAAUUCAUUUCCCCCCUAGGAGUCUUGUGGCUGUGCAAGGUGUUGUUUACUGCAAGGCCUGCAAGUAUAGAGGGAUUGAUACCCUUUUGGGAGCUUCACCACUUUUGGGUGCCACUGUGAAACUACAAUGCAACAACACCAAGUACCCACUCGUCGUACUAGGCAAAACAGACAAAAAUGGCUACUUCUUCAUCCAAGCCCCAAAGAAGAUAACCACGUUUGGAGCCCACAAGUGCAAGGUGUCUCUAGUUUCAUCAUCCUCGCCUACAUGCAACCUAGCAACUGAUCUUCACUUCGGAUUGAAGGGUGCGAUUCUGAGGCCCGAGAAGCCACCUGCUGGGCUCCCACCCCCUCCAUAUGUUACCUUCUCGGUCGGACCAUUUGCCUUUGAGCCUGCCAAAAAAGUCGAGUGCCCCCGCUGAUCAUCUGAAGUCUUGUCUUCACUUUGUGCUACAGCUUUCUAGGAUUUCGUAGUGCCGUAAAUUUGGGUUUCCCCACUGCAUGCGUUGUAUUGUACUGUAGAGGUUUGCGUGACAAUAAAUCUUAUCUCUCUACAUGUUAUAUCAAUAAAUAAAUUAUCUUUCUUCUUUUUAA